ACUUUUCGCAUGACUCAACCCGCGGAAAACUUGACUCUGAAAACCGUCGCGCGUAGCAGUGUCUAUGCGUCCGUGUCAGGUCGUAGAAAUCCGUCCACCCUACAAAUGCCUACAGCCCGCAUCGCUUUCAGCGACUUGGUGGUGGUUUGUCUGACCAUUUUGCUUAUCUCCUCACGGAGGUGACAGCUUUGGAUAGCCUCGCCUUGAAGCAUUUCCGACCCUGACCAAUUCCAAUCACCAACGGAGUCGUCGACGAACGCUAUGGGAUCGACUAAAGCUCCGUACACGAGUCCGUACGCACCGCUGGUGCUCACUACCAACGAGCGAAAGCGGUUGCGCCAGCUCGCUAAAAGCCUAAUUGAGGUGAACGUCGACAGCUACGAAGAGUUUUUGUACGUGAACGAAGGUCACCUCCCGGAGCGCGAAUGGAAGUUCUUCCGGCGCGACCAACAGGUCGAGACGUACGUACGCCGUCGCGACAAAUACAAUUUGAACGGCUUCGGUGCUCCGCAGAAGCUGCAUGCAUCUUCGGUCACCCGGACCACCACGAGUCUCAGUAGCACUCGUGGUGAGGAGUUCUCGUCGCUCAAUGUGGCGGACAUCCGCUCCAUUGGCCAGCGGAGCGGCACGAUCGAGGAAGCCGUGCACGGCGCCAUGUGUCCCACCACGGAGAUGAUGCGCUACAACUCGGAGUAUCUAGAAGACGGUAUGGAGGACGGUUGUGUGCUAGCGAUAAUCGACAACGUGACGCAGGAGGACCCGUUCACGUCGCUCAGCAUUCGCUGGGGGGUCACCGAAAACUCGCCCAUUGUCCGCAAGGUCAUCAAGAGCUACGACCACGUGUAUCUGGACGCGACGGGCUUCACGCAACUCAGCAACGGUGAGCGCGUGGGAUAUCACUUGGUGCACUCGGUUGACUUCAAAGGCACAACGCCGCCGCUACAGCAGUAUUUCCGCGGUCAAGUUGCUGCGAUUGGAUUCUGGAGACAAGUGGAGCCUGACGUCGUGCAGAUCCACGGUCACGGGGUGUACGCGUUGCCGUUCGAGCGUGCUCGGAACCUCUUCGUCCCUGCUAUUGCGACGUCCUUAUCAAAGUCGAUGAUCCACGUCUUCUAUGCGUCCCAGAUGAAGAAACUGCGUUGUGCCAUUCGUGAGCAGCGGAUGCAAAUGUUGUUCCGACCGCAAUGGAGCGCGAACCACCCGUGCAGUGUCUGCAAGAAGAAGCGGACACUAAACAAGGGAUCAAGUUGUGAACUGUGUGGUGAGCACGUGUGCAAGGUCUGCCGAAUCACGCACAAGAUGCCGACGGUGGAACUCGACAACAAAAUGCACCACUCCAAGAUGAGUUUGUGCCCAUUCUGUAUGUUGACCGUGACCAACAAGACCGCAGCAGCUACUGUGCGAGCUGAGGUUGGAGCUGGGCAAUACGGCACGUUGCAAUAGUCGACUAGUUACGAACCACUUCUCGAGAAAUGUCUGUCCGAUCGAAGGGCAGCACACCACCCACUACUAGUACUUAUUAGCAGCUCUACUGACUGCGAUGUGGAUAUUAACGAGGGAUUUCAAUGGAAUGUUUGUCUAUUAUCGUUAAGAGAAAAAAAAAGCACAGAUGAGCUACAUGUAGACUUAUCCAGCGACUAUGGGAACCGGUCGUACCAACCCGCUGCAAUCUCA